UUAAGAAAGUAUUGAGUAAAUCUUGAGAAAGUACCACUGAAGUAAGGAGAUUACACUUCCCAUUUUCGUUUCACGAUGAAUUAAUUUCUAGGUCAAAUUUCACAUAUCCGAUACUCAGGUGUUAGGGUUUUUCUUCCUUCUCCCUUUACUCGUCCUUUUCACUCUUUUAUUCUUCGCGCAAUUCUCACCCCUCUUCAAUCGCACCACCAUCACUCACGCCGCUCUUCACCCACACCUCACGGUGGUAACCACCCCAGAGCUCAGGCGUUUCUUUGCAGAGAAGUGGUUAGGCAUAACAGACAGCAAGAUGGGAACAAAGGCAAAGAAAGCUAUGAAGAACAUGAAAAAGGCUUCCUCUAACAAGCCAUCUCAGGGUGCUGAUUUUUUGCCCUUGGAAGGUGGUCCAGCUCGCAAGCUCGCAGAACAGAAGCCACCGGAAAAUACGGCCACAGUAUUGUAUAUAUCCAGGAUUCCGCAUGGAUUCUAUGAGAAGGAGAUGGAAGGUUAUUUUGGGCAAUUUGGAACCAUCAAGCGGUUGAGAGUUGCGAGAAAUAAAAAGACAGGAAAAUCGAGACAUUUUGGGUAUAUAGAAUUUGAAUCUCCUGAGGUAGCGAAAAUUGUAGCUGAUACUAUGCACAAUUAUCUCCUUUUUGAGCACCUUCUCCAAGUUCAUGUUGUACCUCCGGAGCAUGUUCAUUCAAGAUUGUGGAAAGGAUUCAGUUAUCGUCACAAGCCAUUGGAUUAUGUCCAAAUUGAACGGAAGCGUCAUGACAAGGUAAGAACCUUAGAAGAGCACAAAAAAUUGGUGGAGAGGAUUGUAAGACAUGACCAAAAACGGCGGAAAAGGAUAGAGGCUGCUGGCAUUGAUUACGAAUGCCCUGAGAUUAUGGGUAACAUCCAGCCUGCUCCAAAGAAAAUAAAGUUUGAUGACUGAGUGGGUAACCUGACUCAUCUUCAAAAGAUGUUUUUUCUGUAUACCCUGAGAAUAGAGUGCUGAACCACCAUGUCACGAGUGUUCACAACACUAGAGUCUGCUGGUUUAGGAUUUUUAGUAUUAUUAUUUUUUGCUGCUUUGGUGAAACCUUGUAUCCCUCAAAUAUUUACUGGAAGCAUGGUCCAUUUUAUAUAUUCAUCAACUUUUGAAGCAAUUGAUCAGCUUCAAGGCUCAUUCCUGUUUUA